GUGCCCGCCGUCACUGCCGCGGGCGGUUGGCCUGCCGGCGCCUCCCCCGCCGCGGCGGCCUGAUGCGGCGCCCGGCACCGCCCCGCCUGGCUUUUUCCCCCUUUUCCCCGAAAUCCCUCCGUCUUGAUAUCUCCGAGGGCGAGGCGGGGGCGGUGACGCCCCGUGCCUAGUACGCCGGCCAUGCGGGGUGCGGUCCCCGGCGGCCCGGCGGCGGGCGGCGGACGCUGAGUGCGGUGGCGGGCGAUGCCGAUGCCAGGGGGUGGUGGGGCCGCGGCCGCCGCUAGGCAACCCCCCGUCAGCGAGGCGGCGGCGCCGCCGCGGGACGAGGAACAGCAGGAGGAGGAGGGUGAGGAGGAUCUCCGCGACGGCGGCGUCCCCUUCUUCGUAAACCGUGGCGGGCUGCCCGUGGACGAGCCCACCUGGGAGCGAAUGUGGCGGCAUGUGGGCAGGAUCCACCCCGAAGGGGAGCGGGUGGCGCAGAGGAUCCGAGGCGCCGCCGACCUGCCCAAGAUUCCCAUACCAAGUGUGCCUGCGUUCCAGCCAUCCACCCCCAUCCCUGAGCGCCUGGAAGCUGUACAGCGCUACAUCAGGGAGCUUCAGUACAAUCACACUGGGACACAAUUCUUUGAGAUCAAGAAGAGCAGACCUCUGACUGGGCUGAUGGACCUGGCCAAAGAAAUGACCAAAGAGGCCCUGCCAAUAAAAUGCCUGGAAGCUGUGAUCCUGGGAAUUUACCUCACCAACAACAUGACCACGCUGGACCGUUUCCCCAUCAGCUUCAAAACCCACUUCUCAGGGAACUACUUCCGACACAUUGUGCUGGGGGUGAACUUUGGAGGCCGCUAUGGGGCACUGGGCAUCAGCCGCCGCGAGGAGCUCAUGUACAAAGCACCUGUCUUCCGCACACUGAGUGAACUCAUCUUUGACUUCGAGGAGGCAUAUCGCCGCUGCUGGCACACUCUCAAAAAGGUGAAGCUGGGCCACUGUGUGUCACACGACCCACACAGUGUGGAGCAGAUUGAGUGGAAGCACUCCAUCCUGGAUCUAGACAAGCUAACACGGGAAGACUUCCGCAAAGAGCUUGAGAGACAUGCCCGUGAUAUGAGGCUGAAGAUUGGCAAAGGAACCGGGCCAUCAUCUCCCACCAAGGACAGAAAGAAAGAUGUCUCCUCCCCACAAAGAGGUCAAGCUAGCCCACACCGGCGCAACAGCCGUGGGGACCGACGACCGUCUGGUGAGAAGAAGCCUGCAGAUUCCAAAGCCAUGCCAGACCUCAAUGGGUACCAGAUCCGAGUGUGAAGAGAGCUGUACCAUGUGUGCCUGUCUCCAGAGACUUCUUGCUGACCACAAAUGAGACCUGGACCCACCUGCAGUGAUUCUGACAAAAGAGACAGGGGAAUGGGAGCAGAACAUAGUGCUGAUCUUCCCAGGUACUUCCUAAUGGGCCAGUCCCAGACGUGGAUCCCGUGGGUCCCAGAGGAUUCACCUGCCUGUUUCUGGGAGAGGUGUCCAUCUUAAUUCACUGAAGUACUAAAAAAAAAUAAAAUAGGUCCGUACAUUGGUGGGACUUUGCUGCAGGAAGAGUAUGAAGGUAGUGGAGUCAGCAGGAUUGCUUUUUUGUGUGUUGACAGCAAGUAGAUGAAGUACCUUAUCAACAGUACUUCUGUCUGCACAGAAGUCUUCAACCCAUGCAAGGCGCGCAGGGCUGAGGGAGAAGUGAUGCUGGAAUGGAACAUCCCCCACAUCUUUUAUACAAACUCCUCUUUUUUUCAUUAUGAGCACUGUUUAGCAUUGCUUUUAUGAGAGACAGAGCUGAAUUUACUCAGCCUGAUAUAUCAAUCAUACAGGGGCCUCUCAUCAGGACAAAUAACAUCUUGUGUGCUUAGUCCUGCCUAUUUCAAAGCAUUUCAUUGUUGCUCAGCAGGUAGACAGUGGGGUGAUGAUCCUCUUUACCCACUGUGAUGCUGAAGAGCUGUUGCUGUAAGUCCUUCUGUGGUUGAGUGGGUCAGGAUAUGCCUAUUCCAUUGCCGUAUGAAAACAGGCAGAGACACCUCAAUUGUCCCAGUAGUGGAUGCAAGGAGAGGUAGAGACUGGUGGGAAACCUGGAGUCAUGUCUUCAUCAGUCUUCUCUCUUUUAACUUCUAGUGACUACUACUGUGAAAGCUUGCAGAAGGCACUUCAGUCACUGAGGUAUGAGUUUUAGGAGUGAAUAGUUAAAGGAUUUAAUGAUAUGAACAGGUUUUACAAGCUCUUUUCACAAGGGUCUUGCUCCUUCUUCACUGUAGUAUUAGUGCUAGGGUUACAGACACCUGUUGGUGGGAAUCCCUGCUCAAGUGAUUGCAGCUGCUUUCCUGACAGCAGAGCCUGGAGCUUCCUGAAAGUAGUUCCCCACUCCAGUCCCAGAGCUGUGCUUGUGUCCAGGCUCUGCACAUAGCUGCAGUAUUCAGCAGCAGCACUUACACUUGCCUUCUCCAAAGGACUGGGCCAGGCCUUGCUGCCUGUUUACAGCCUUGACCCUUCCUACGCUUCUUUUCAGGGGAGUGCUGUACUACUGAUUAAGCAGUGUAACACUUGUCAGAAACCUGGAGCGUUGUCAGGCCUCUCUUGGAGGCCUAGGGCCUGGAAACAGUGGGACUGCCAGAAAUGAAAGCAGUGAGGGCUUGACGUGAUCCGGAUGCGUGGAUCUGGGUGAUACAAAAAUCUCAUGAUUGGGAGUGGGAGUAUCCUUGAAAGAAACUGAGUUUUGUUUAAUCACAGCACUGACAAGGAGCUUAAAUUUCAUUAAAUACUACAUGCUUAGUUUUGUUAGAACUGGGUUUAUACUUGCCAGUGCUGUUUUGCUGUAGGAUCUGCACCCUCAUAUAAGCAUUGCUAUUUUGGUGGCAGAGAACGGGUUCUUAUCCCCAAAUAAAUCAGCUCUUCUGCUGAGUUAACAGUGUUAAUCCUUGAAGCACUGCCCACAAGCGAUUUAACUCAGGCAUCAUAGGUUCCUAAUUGUACAUUCUUAAGUGUGAUGUAACUUGCAAGGCGCUAUCCAUACCACUGCAGGCUGUCCUUCCAAGCUCUCUUUGCAGCGUGGGCUUUUCUGCUACACUGUACAAUUGGGAAGACAAUCCAUAGGGAGGUGGGAAAACUUACUGCUGAUCCAAGAUAAUGGUAAUCCAGGAAAGAAUGCCAGCUUUCGACGGUGCAGUGCGACACCUGUCCUGUCCUUUGCACUCCAAAUGCAUACAGCGAUUUGACAUUCACAGCAGAAGGGAGCCAAGCACCCAGUGAAUGUGUCUUCUGGUAAAUUUUGUGUGGCUGUAAGUCAACACAUAGAUUGUCUGGAUGCUGACAGUGAUGUUAGCUCUAAAGGUACCACAGUUACCUGUAAAUAAGAUGGGUCACUUGGAAGCCACAAACUGCCUUUGCAUAAUGUUUGCUGUGCAAUGGACUCAACGUUCAGGUGCCACUAUGAAUCAUACAAUAAACAGAAGCAGCAGUCAGCAAGACAGGCCAAGUGGCAGGCUUUAUUAGAGUGGAUUAAAUCCAGAAAAAAAAUGACAGCCACUCAACUGAUAGUGGGAUGUAUCCUCACCAUGAUUUUGGUUGGUUGGCUAAUUCAGAGUAACUGGAAAGCUCUUGAAAAUAAUUAGUACCUUCAUAACUUCUGAUGAGCCUUUUUAGAUGGGAAGGAAGUGAAGUAUGUUGGAGAGAGGAAUACUUCAAAGAAAAUGGGGCGAGUGAGGGGUCAGCUGCAAGGUAAUAAUGCUUUCUUGAGUGGAGAGCAAAAGAGAUGCUCAGCAGUCCACCAAGGUGGAAUGGCUUAAAACAAAAUGCUUUUUUGACCUGAUCAUUAAGCACUUUCCUGCAGGAUGUAACUAAGGCUAACAGAAAACCAAAUGAAGUGGAUGUUUAAGGAAUGAAUGACAAAUAGAGUUUAAGGUCUCUUAAUUCUCAGCUAUAGCCAGACAAGAAUAUUCUCUUUCAAAAUUUAGUUCUACUAUUAUGUAUGUUAAAAGGCGACUCUUCUUGUGUAUCUGAUGAUGUCUUAUCAAGGUGUACACAGUAGCAGAAAUGAGCCCUCCACUAGGGUUACUAUUCCAAGCCUUCUACUAUGUCUCUCUUUGUGGUAGUAUUCCUGUCCCUUACUAUUUCUCCAGUUCAGCAGCUGGUGCAAGAAACUGGAAAAUGACUGAACAGUUGUCUCCCUCUUGCUCUUUGUUACACGAGAAAUGACUUCAGUAUAAAGCUUAACUUCCUUACUACCAAACAAACCAGUAUUGUGGCCCUGUGACGUGGAGGACUACUGCAAUCCAGUUUUAUGCUGUAAGAAACUGGAGGCUACAAUGACAGAUGAACUUUUGCACUUCCUUUCUUCCUCGUCCACCAGCUCUGGCUUCUGAUCUGUCUGCCUUUAAUCAUAAGGAAAAAAAGGCUGGCAAUGAGUCUUUUUCACUUCUGCAAUCUUUAGAGCUACAGUGAAAAUAAGGAACUAGAUUGCAACUUAGUGCCUGCGGAACAAACAAGGUGAAUCUUGAGGAGUCCUAUUAGAUGUUUAGGGUUAAAUAUUAAUAUGGUUGUUUAUGUAGCUCUGGGGUAUAAAGUUCACUGUUCAGUAGGUCUCAUCUGUUCUCUAGUACAAGUCCUUCUGAACUCUGGAAGACAACUGCAUCCACGUGCUAGGAAUGGACAGCCACUGCCUGUGUUCUAUGUGAAGUCUGUGUGGACUUUGAAGGACUUGAACAACUGCUGAGCUACUAGCAAACUAUUUUAAAUGUAAUGCAAACCCUGAAAGAAGAGUUCCUCUUUAUACUUUUAUGUAAACAAGUCCCUUGAUACCUGGCCAACUGCAUUUUUUUAAAUGAAUUAACAGAUUAAUGAGAAAAACUUUCUGCUGAUGCAAACUUCAUAUACUAAAGAGCAGGUUGUGUGUCCAGGGGUUUGUGACACUAGUCUUCUUUUUAACACUGAUCUAAGCUAAAAGUGUCUUUAGGAUCUUAAGGUAUGUUAGCAAGUGUUUUAGAUGGGAGUGGAGCAGGUUUUUUAUCCAAUUGACUAUCGUACCUGUGUGCCACUGUAUGGGUCAGUACACAGUAUGCUUUGAUCUACUAGAAUAAAUGACUCCAGAAAUGGGGUUGAAACAUAGUUUAUGUUCAUGCAGGAGUUGUGUUGCUGUUGCCAGAUCUGCUUAACAGGACUGUGGGGGUUUUAGAGUACUGCAGGUGAAAGCCUUAAUCAGAUGCCAGCCCCUUAAGAUAGGCUCACACGUGCUGUUAUAGACUGAAACACGAUUGUCCUUAAAAGUGCAGAGUUUAAGAAACCAUAAUGAAGAGAUGAAUGCUCCUAUUGCAAAAGAGUCUGAAUUGCAUGGUAUUGACCAUGCUCUAGUGGCUAAUCACUUCAUGUGGUUGCUUUGGCCUUUGCCUAGGAGUAUGUGCUCCUUCUAAGUGAAGUAUUUUAAGUGGUCCCUAUGAUCAGGCACUAUGUGUAAGCAGGUGGUGCCCUCUGUCCCAUGCAGUGUGUGUGUCACUCUGGCUGAAGUAACACCACGUAUUCCUGUGGCUGCACUGUUACCCUGUCAACAUUAAAACCUGCAUUAUGGAUUUUUAACUCAGCCUAAGAAAGCAAGUGCUAUUCUGGCUUGGCCUUUCCUCUGCCAGAGCAAGGUGGAGACAGUCCAGCCAAGUUGAACUCCUUUAGAAAGUUAGUAUUUUUGUCUGUUUUCUGAGUGUUUAUUUGUAUCACACCAGUCUCCUCUAGCGGUGCCCUGGCCCUGUCUGCUCAUGAGCAACUCAAUUUAGGGUCAGAAUGCUACUGAGUCCCAUGUCAUCUCUGCAGAGCAGAGUUUCCCUUCAGAUCUGGUUUGAGAUGGUGCUAGCAGGACCAGAGAGAUCCCCUUCCAUGCACAUUAGUACUCUGCUCUAGCACUGAUAGGGUGCUCCAGAAUCAUUUACAUCUUUAUCACUGGUACAGCUCAGAACUAAGAUAUGGAAGGUUUCUCUCGUUAAGAACAAUCUCAUGUGUGUCUUUUUGUAAUCAGUGUGGUUCUGUGUUCUUAUGUAGCCAACACAGAAUUCCUAUUUAGAUUUAGUUCUUACUGCACCUCCCCUAUCCCUUAUGUUGAUACUUCUUCCUGCUUUCUUUUUACACUUAAGAUAAUAAAAUGCCCUCUGUACUGUUCUCAGCUUGUGCAGAGAAAACAA